AUGUGGAAAAUUUCCAGUCGAGCGGAGCGUGCCUUUUUGUUUGCACAUCUCGCCCUGGCCCUGGCCCUGGCCCUGAGGAUCUGCCAGCAGGACACGCGCUACCGUUCAGAAGCUGCACUGAAGCUGGCUUGCUCCUCUCGUCCGGUGCCCAGGGUCGAGGUGCGACAGGCUCUGCCGCAUUCGCUCCCCGACGAUGAGUCGUUGUCGCCAUACCGUAUCUUCCUCCCCCUUGCAAAGGAGCGCUGCGACCCAUCGGCGAGCGGCGCCCAGCGACCCCUGCGCGCUUGCGAUGUGACCAGCGUCCAACCCACCGUGGGACGCAAGGGCGAUCUGAUGGAUCGAGCCUCAAGUGAGGGCGGGCAGGACAAAGUGGCGCCCAAAGCACGCAUUCCAUCCUUCCGUUCGAGCAGGAGCGCCGUCGGACCUUCUGUGUUCGGUGCCUGUUCUGUGCCUGCCACCCGAGGAUCGCUUGACCAGGCCGUUUGGGCACGGCUCGCCUCGUCUCAGGGCGGCGCUCUGCAAGCCAUUCGGAACACCUUCAUGCCUCGCAGAAGGGCAACGCAGCCCUUCGCAGCCGAGUCCACUAGCACGUCCCACUCUCCUUCGUCACACUCACACAGUCACCACCGACGCCCGCCUCGCUCGAGCUCUCGCCUUCGCACUUGGCUCCUCUGCGAGGUGAGCACAAGAGUAGCCGCCGGGCAGAGGUCGAAAAUUGAGAAAUUGCAGAAAUUGCGAAGGGGACAUGCAAGACCACCUGGGAGCUCGAAAGGGCGCGCAGCCAUCCGAAAGCUGCAUGCGCAGCAGCCGGUCGCAGGCGGCACAAGGCACGAGCAGCAUCGAUCCGAGCGUCUGCCUGGCAUGAGUGACCGAGAGGCCAGGGCGGCGGCGUGCCUGAAGCAUGGAAUCUCGGCGGAUCCAGCCUCUUUUCACCACCAAUCAUCGCUCCGCUCGCCCACGCCCUCGCGCGUUCCACAUUCACCCUCCCCACCCUUUCUCCACUCUCCGCUCUCCACUCUCCACCAACUUCAGCUUCGAUCUCGACCUCUUGCUCUUCGAUCCUGCUUUUUGUCCGACCCCAAAUUCCUGUCCGCAGCGUCCGAAGCAGCCUUGACUGCAAACGACGCAACCACAGCUAGAGCAGAAUCUAUCGCAGCGACAGCAUCGAGGUUGUCAGUCGCUCUGGACCGUGCCGCUCCCGGAACGCCCCAACUUUGCGUCGGUCUGGUGGUUGUGCGCAGCUUAGCUUUCGACGUUAACCUUGUUUCGCGUGCGCGUGCGCAUCGUCUGCACCCGGGCCCGUCGGCUUCUCCGUCGCACCACGCACGUCCGUCCGCAAGGCUCGCCGCCUCCGACAGCGACUCGACAGACUCGGCCUACCUGCGUCGGCUUGCCUUGACCGGUGUGCGCUGCGACGUGACCAUUCUGCUCCCGCGUGCUUGCUCAACCGCUCGCUCGUCUCCGAGUCACUAUCCAACCUUGCAUCCGCCACCUUCUGCGCUCACUCAAGCUUCGACCCGAGUGCCAGUGCCAGCUAGGCUCGCCCAACGCGUCGGCCCGUCCGAUUCCGCCUGCCGUCCGAGCGCAUCAGAUUGCAGAACACCCAUCCUUGCUCAGGCCUCUCGCCCUCGCCCUCGUCCUUCAGCCUUGCGUCUGUGGACCAGUGCUGCCCCUUUCAUCCGGUCAAUCGGAGCCUUGGACCGCUCAGCAAGCGUUCGAGUGCUCGAAUGCAAUCAGCCCCAGAACCACCAACUGAAGCAUCGCCGUGUAGCUCAUCCUUCAGUCGCAAGCAUCCAUCCUUCUCGCGCAUCCAUCAUCCACUAUCCGCCCAUCAUGGAGACGGCUUCGUCCUCGCAGCAGUCGGGGUUCUUUUACCACGACCCGCGCCAGCAUCAGACGCCUCCUAACCUCGGCAUGAAUGCCAACUUUCAGCAGGUCCGAUCCGACCCGUACGCCCCCGCGUCCCUCGUGCCACAUACUUCUUACCGCGAAUCUGGCUAUGGCGAUGGCAGGCCGUUCGGAUUUGCACCAACCACCGAGCAGGAGGCGCGUCCUCAGUACCACGAUGCGCCAACAAACGCUGCCCACACUUCGUACGCUCCUGGAGCCAGCUACAUGUCUCAUCCAGCAAGCAUGGCGGGCCCCUCCGCCUUCGUCACGCCCGGCCCUAUCAACGGCCAUGUCCAUGCUGCACUCGGUCCCCCGACGCACUCGGCUCCCGACGAGGCUGCCGAUCAACAAGGUCCUCGCAACAAGCGAGCUCGCAAAGAGUCGCCCGGCCGCAAGGCCGAAGCCGCCGACACCAAAGAUGACAGCUCCUCCGACGACCCCAACGGCCAGAAGUCCGAGGGAAGCGGCAACGUCACCAUGUUUCAGUGCCGCGGCUUCGGCGAUUGCCGCAUGGUCUUUACCCGAAGCGAGCAUCUCGCACGUCACGUGCGCAAGCAUACGGGCGAGCGGCCGUUCCGAUGUCACUGUGGCAAAGCCUUUUCUCGCCUCGAUAACCUUCGCCAACAUGCACAGACCGUGCAUGCUGACACUCCGGAUCGGAACGAGAUGAUGAUGCAGGAGCUCUCGUCCCUCCACGCUUCACUUGCACAAUCAGCCGCCCAAGCCCAGCACGCCCACGCCCAAGUCCUCGGCAAGAGCAGCUCGCCCGGCGCCUUGAUUGCGAGCCACAAUCACACUGGACGCCGCGGCAAAGGAGGAGGAAAGACGAGCGCUGCGAAUAGAGCUGCGCGUGGCGGCGGCAACGAUCGCUCGGGGUCUCCCGUGACCUCCAAUCCAAACGCGAUCCAUGCUGCCCAGCAGAACUCCCAGGGCAUCUACGAGCCCAAUCCGUACCCGUCAGUGUACGAGUCUGCAGAUCCGCCAGCCUCCGCUCCUCCAGCCACUGCCUUCUCCACGCCCGGUCAUCCAGCGUCGAUGCCCAUUUGGUCGAGUCAUGAUCCGCAGUACGUGCAACAGGGCGGCCAGCCUGUCGGCUUUGGUGUCUCGAUGACCCCAGGUGCCCCUGGACAGCCUUUCGAAGUCGCACCGCAUCCGUCCCAGCAGCAAGCCGCACACUUUGCAUCCAAUUCGGGGUCAGCCCUUCGCCAGGAACAAGCGACGGAGUUCUUGGCGCCGCAUUCGAGCUAUCACGACGAAGGCCUUCCGCCCGGACAUCCAUCGUAUAUGCCGCCCUACGAUGCUUACCGUCGUCAGCCGCAAGAGCUGGAGAGGCGGCCGUCAGCCAAUAUUGCUGACGCUUCCUCACUCUCUGCGCAAGCCUGGCGAACAAACGGCCCGCCCCUGGAAACAGCUCUUGCCGGCAGUUACACGGGCGCUGAAUUCGAGGCUGCAGAGGGUCAUACCCAACGACCUUCCUUUUCCAACCCUUUCUGGCGCAACUCGACUGGCGGUGGGGCCGUGGCCAGCGACGACCCGUACCCUGCUCACUAUCCAGCGACGGAGUUGGCUGCUGGCGACUCCGACUCCAGGUCGCAGUACGAAUCCACCCUGUCGGCUCAUCUUCACAUGCGCACUCCUACUUUGGCAAAGCGCGCCAGAGCGAACAGCCCUCCGCCUUCACGCGGAAGCAUCCGUGCGUCGCUCGAUGCAGGAUCCGCUCCACUUCUGCCUCCACCAGGGAGUGCGCACGGACGACCUUCCAGCAGCGCACAAGGCUCGCGGCCGCUCACCUCGCAGAACCGUCCCGUUCUGCCUCCUCUGUCGUCCAUCACGCCGAGCGCGAGCAGACCGGGAACGGCUGCAGCUAUGGGCGGCAGUCGUCCCGGCUCCAUGGCAGCGCAAAGGCUUCCGAGCAUCGACCAGCAGCUUCUCGCAACAUCCGCCGAGCUCGACCGUGUCGACGAGGCGCAAGCGAGCAGCAGCUACCGUCCGUAUACGAGCCCCGCCGGCGCCUUGGCUGGUGAUGCCGUCCAAGGGCCGAAGCCUUUCCUGCCGCCUUCCUCGCUUCGAUCCGCUCGGCCAUCGCUCAGCCAGCGCGGCGAUGCGCGAUUUGGCAACCCUCCUGACCUGACAGAUCGGCCGAGCACGACGUCCACCGCCGCGAGACCGAACGACCGACGUCCGCUCACCUCGGGCGGAUCGAUGGUCGGUCGGCCACGCGGCUCGAUCCAGGCAGGCGGUGACGAUCUGCCCCCGCUUUCAUCGACUCUGGCGCUGCUGGACGAACGACGAGAACCACGCAUCGCUUCCGAACGCCGAGGCUCGGCCUUCGAGCUGUCCAGCACGUUUGUCGGAGACGAGGGACGUCGCUCCAGGAUGGGCUCCUCUUACGGUGUACGUGACGACGAAGCGCACCCCAGACUGCAGACUGACAGCUCCGAGCUUCGUACGAGCCCGGGCAACAACGCUUCGCCGUUCAUGUUCCAGCCUCCGCCCCUACCACGCGAGAGCAGCGCAAGCUCGUGGCGGCUGUCUGUGGACCGCAACGGCGCUGGCUCAGGUGCAGAUUGGCGACGACCCAGCUCGAGCACUGCACCGGACGCGCAUGUCAUUUCUCGCCGGCUCGGUUCCAGCAGCGGAGCCACGCUCGGGUUCGGCCUACGCGAAGACGGCGGUGGCUCGAGACCAGUCUCCGGCAGCGGACGAGCUGCGGGUGCGAGCCAACUCCAGCUGCCUCCGCUCAGGACAACGCAGGGAUCUAGCCGACCGGGCUCGAGCGCCGUCGCUUCGAUGCUGCAGAGCGAAGAGACGCGGCCGUCAUCUCAGAGGUCUACAUCGUGGUCGCGACCACUCACGUCGGGAGACGCGCCUGCGCCGCGCUUCGGCAGCAACGGCUUCGCGCGAAUGUCUUCGUCCCGGGAAGGCGCCUCGAGCGACGGCGAGGACGAGCUGGGCGAUCGACGUCGGUCGUUGGUCCAUGAUCUGCGUGGACCAGCGCGCGAAGAACUCAUGCGACGGCCGUCGACGUCGGCUGGCGCAGGCUCGACCCGCUUUGCACCGAGGUAUCACGAGCGCAACGGCUCCAACAGCCCGCUCUCUCGACGCGACGACGUCUGA